CCUUCCUUCCCCCCCUCCCACGGACCAUUACCCUGAACUUCACAUCACGUCUUACCCCGGACUCCUCCGCAUUCAAUUUCAAUGUUACGAAGUAUUGCAUGAUUAGUGAAUCUGACUUCCUUCUAUCCCCAAACCGGUCCAACUUUAAACACUGCAUCGCAUCGCCAACUUCACCCUCACCGCAACAUUCCAUGAAUCAUUUCAUCAAAUCUCCUAUGGCCACACCAUCCACCCACAGUCCUUCCUUUUCUAGACCCUGUCUGCAACCUGCCCCUCUGCAAUUUGGCCGUGCUUCCAUGAUCGUUCUUUACACUUUAGCCAAAAAGGUGUGAUUUUUUCCUUCCCUCCCCUUGCAUCGAAUUCCGGCGGUAUUGCCCUUUUGGGAUCGUGGAAGUGCCUCGGCAACCCUCUUGUUUGCCAGUCCAUCUGUCCCAGUAAAGGCCUUUUCGGUGUCCAAUUGACCCCCAGGGAUGAUACUUACUUCUCCGUAUGUACAUGUCAAUUGCCUUUGUUGCAACACUAUUGCGUCGUGUUGGCAGCGCAAACGGGAUUAUUGAAACUGUCAUUAUUCUGUAGAUCAUUCUGUGCUAAUUGGCAGCCCCAGGAUCCAUCUCCCGCCUUGUUUUUGCCAUGGCAAUAGAGACCACCACCAACCAAGGUCGCCCUUUACGAUUAAGAAAUAACGUACCGCUGAGUCUUCGCCCGGUACUACGAGCGUACUUUUUGGGUUAUCUAUCUAGUACAGCCCCAAGAGUACUUACCCUUUUGUUGACCUAUCUGGGUCGUCGGAACAAAGAUGUGGAGGGAAAAGAUAGCAAGUUCUUGUCAUCCUUAUUAGGCAUCUUGAGAGGUGGCUUGGAGUUGCAACGCUUCCCUACUUUUUGCGCCGCUCUCGUUGGAGGUUCCACCUUUCUCCAGGCACGUGAUAGUAGUAAGAAGGAAACUUUCUUCAUUUGGCUAACAUUCUCCAGAUUCCUAUACAAGGAUUGAUUGCCAUUUUCGCAUCAUCGAGAUCUCCGUUGGUGAGACUGAGGUAAAAGCUUCUUUCGAUUUUCCCCAGAACCGGGUUCCGGCUCAUCUGUUAUAUGAACCCCUUGCAAUAUUAACUAAAUCAAUCGAGAAAGACGUCCUGCAUAUCGAGAUACUGACUUAUCACAGAUUGACACGAUGGAUUUCGACUUUCAUAGCUGCUUGGUUCAGUCUCAGUCUUCUCCAAACAAAAAAGAGUGAUGCGUUCAUUGAUUAUGUUCCCGAAGAAACUUCAACUGGGAUCAUCCACAGACCUGCUCAGUUUGCAGGUCGAACCAUGGAUUUGACCUUGUUUGCAGUUACCAGAGCUAUUGAUGUAAUAGUGGGAGAAUUAUGGGCUCAACGAAAAAGAAAACAAAAAGCUUCUGGCAAACGACUCAAGGUAUGUAUCAAUUUUUAGAUAUUGUCUCUGGGGUGUUUGAUUUGUUAAUCAAGAUUUUGGCAACGAUCGAAUUUGUUGUUGUAAAUACUUCAGUUGAUCUUCUGGAUUGUCUCCAAUAACUUUUUGAAUUAUUGGCUCUAUUCCAGAAAGAUGGAACAUAGUCUUGUACUACCACUUUCAUCCUUCAUCACAAACCAAUCCACUUCAAUACCAUAGAAUGAUACUAACUCUCCCAGUUUGAAAACUUGAUAUCCUCCCUAGCAGACCCCUCUGUCUUUGCAGCAUCCUGCGCUCUGAUAAUGUGGGCAUUCAUCUACACCCCCUCCCGCCUCCCAAGAUCCUACAACAAAUGGAUCAAAACCGCCGCUCAAGUCGACCAACGCCUUCUACUAGCCCUCCGACGCACCCGCUGGGGUGAAAUCCAAUACGGCGUAGAAACCGGACAAGCCCACCUCCUCUCCUCCAUGGCAACAGAUUACAACCUCCCAGCCUCAUAUGGCGACCCCGUCCUCUCCAUCCCUUACCCAUGUGAGUUAGUUCACAUGGGAACCGGAAAAUCAUGCGAAUACCACGCCCUCUCACGGUGGUUGAGAAGUUUCACCUGGGCAUUCUCCACCUACCUCCCCCUCAACCUCCUCCUCGCCCUGAGAAAACGGAACAAAACAGCUUUCCUAAAAGCCCUCUUCUCUUCCCUCCGCUCCUCCGCUUUCCUGGGAACUUUCAUCGCAACAUACUACUACGGCAUCUGUCUCGCCCGCACCCGUCUCGGACCCCGUCUCCUGGGCACCACCACAUCGGCCUACCAACGUCUCGACCAAGGUCUCUGUGUUGCCUCCGGCUGCAUACUCUGUGGAUGGAGUGUCCUCCUUGAACCCUCUGGACGACGCAAGGAGUUGAGUCUUUUUGUGGUACCGAGGGCCUUGGCGACGCUUUUUCCGAGACGGUAUAAGUGGGAGAAUCGCGAUAGGGAAAGGGCGGCUUUUGCGUGUAGUGUUGCGGUGGUGUUUUGUGCGGUUGCAGAGAGGCCUGAGAGGGUUAGAGGGGUUUUUGGGAGGGUUUUGGGGAGUGUUUUGAGGGGGUAAAUCGUUUUUUCCCCGGUUGUUUUUGGUGGAGGGAUGGGGAGAGGGGG